AUAUUCCCUAUUGUGUUAAACACAUACGCUUUUCAAAAGCUCUCUUCCUCUGAGAUCCCAAAUCUGAGCCGCCAUAGCUAUGGCAUCGUCACCCCACUCGAUCCUCCUCCAGAACCCUAACCGCUUCUUCCUCAAAACCUCUUCACCACCCAUCUUCCCCACAAACACCCACCUCAACACCCUCAAGCUCCCCACCAAGCCCAUGUCGAUCAGAUGCGCCGCUCCUACCCAAACCCAGGAUCAGCGCCCACUGAUCCAGACCCAAUCCCAAGAUCGAGUCUUCAACUUCGCUGCGGGGCCUGCCACCCUCCCGGAGAACGUUCUCCUCAAGGCUCAGUCGGAGCUUUACAACUGGCGGGGAUCCGGCAUGAGCGUCAUGGAAAUGAGCCACCGAGGCAAGGAGUUCCUCUCCAUUAUCCAGAAGGCCGAGUCCGAUCUCCGUACCCUUCUGAAUAUCCCCUCCGAAUACGCGAUCCUCUUCCUCCAAGGCGGCGCCACCACUCAGUUCGCUGCGAUCCCUUUAAAUCUGGUUAAACCCGACGACCCGGUGGAUUACCUGGUCACCGGGUCGUGGGGGGACAAGGCCUUUAAGGAGGCAAAGAAGUUCAGCAAAGCCAAGGUGAUCUGGUCGGGCAAAUCGGACAACUACACGAGAAUUCCGUCCUUCGAGGGGUUGGAGCAGAGCCCGGACGCCAAGUAUUUGCAUAUAUGCGCCAACGAAACCAUACAUGGGGUCGAGUUCAAGAACUACCCAACUUCAAAGAAUGGUAUACUUAUCGCCGACAUGUCUUCGAACUUCUGUUCGAAGCCCGUGGACGUGUCGAAAUUCGGGAUCAUAUACGCUGGGGCUCAGAAGAACGUGGGGCCAUCUGGAGUGACCAUUGUCAUCAUCCGGAAGGAUCUGAUUGGGAAUGCUCAGGAGAUUACACCCAUUAUGCUGGACUACAAGAUCCACGCAGACAACAACUCGCUCUAUAACACACCUCCUUGUUACUGCAUCUACAUGUGCGGAUUGGUGUUCGAGGACUUGUUGGCGCAAGGCGGGUUGGAGGAGGUGGAGAAGAAGAACAAGAAGAAGGCCGAGCUUCUGUACAGUGCGAUCGAUUUGAGCAAUGGAUUCUACAGGUGCCCGGUUGAGAAGUCGGUGAGGUCGUUGAUGAACGUACCGUUCACGUUGGAGAAGCCGGAGUUGGAGGCUGACUUUGUGAAAGAGGCAGCCAAGGAGAAGAUGAUUCAACUCAAGGGGCAUAGGUCGGUUGGAGGUAUGCGUGCUUCCAUAUAUAAUGCUAUGCCAUUGGCUGGGGUUGAGAAGUUGGUUGCUUUCAUGAAGGAUUUUCAGGCAAGGCAUGCUUGAUUAAUUUACAUGGCUUUUUUGGGUGAGGCUGACGACUAUUAGACAUUGUAGCAAUUUUUGUCUUCUUGUUUCGUUUGCUUCUGUAGAAUUUCAGGUAUGUUUUCCAUCUUGAUGUUCAUGUUCAUCAAGAGAAAUUUUAAUAUUUCGGCUUUUAGAUUAUUACUAUGUCUUGCAAAAUGCAAAUUCAUAAAGUUGAUGAGUUUGAAUCCCUUGUUACACGAGUUAGUGAAUUGCAAAGCAUUUGUUUGAA